AUGUACGCCGCUCAGAAUAUAACGCCAACAGUUUUGGAUGCCAUGAAUGGAAAUGUUUCCGAAUGGUAUAACGAAUGCGACAAUGCCAUUAGAAGGUCAGAAAUAGUUCCUGGAACUUACGAAUAUACAACUGCUGUUUCUUAUGGAAACGUAGGUGAGUUUGGAGAAGGUUCUUCAACAACAGUAGAUAUUGCAUGCGACAGGUUUCAUAUAAUUUCUAUUGACAACUCAUUCUUAUACGUGGAACAAGACAUUGAAAUAAAACCUUCUGCCAAGUUGUCUGACAAGAAAGGUUGCAAUGGAAUUUUCUAUGUCGGAUACCAAUAUGCUCCAGAAGUUUUCAUGGGAUAUAAGAUAUAUUCUAACUCUGACUUAGUUCAAACAGUAACAUGGGCAAACUAUGAAUGGUUCGCUUUGAGAAACUCAGUACAACCACAAGCUAGAGAACAAACAGACCAGUAUGCAACUAUUGAGAAAAUAAGAAGACUUGACCCUAACGUUCCAGGAGUUUAUGUUGACCUUUCUGGACAAAAUGCAGCAGCAGUAACCAAAGUAAAAUUGAAACUUAGAGUUCCUUUGUCAUCUUUCCUCAUCUUCAGGUUUUUAAGAUACUUGCCAAACUGGGCAGGAAAAAUUUCUAUCGAACUUACUCCAAGCAAAAAUAACUUAGUCAUUGCACCAACACAAGACCCAUUCACUCUUACAGAAGUAGUGGGAACAAAUAAAAUGUCAUUCGCCGACUUUUGCAAAAACAAAGUUGACUUAGACUUUGGUUUCUCAAACCUCAACACUGAAGUAA